UGGUUAUUUAUUCCGUUAUUUUUUAAGAGGUGUAUACAGGAAGAGGUAGCUGCAGAAAAGGAUCAAAAAGUUGUGUUGCAAGGUUUUGUAACUUCAUCCCAUGUUAUUUUCAUGGGACAUAAAAGAACGAACAUCUUUACAUUUUCAACUUGUUGGAGACAGCAUAAUAACAGCAGAAUAAUCUACGAAUAUAGUCUUUCUUUUUUCUGCAAGCGAGUGUUUUUUUAAACUACCUAUAUUUUUUCUUUGUGCAAUCUGUGAAAUAUAAUUCAAACAGAACACUGUAAAGAUACAUCAUCCUUCUGAUUUUAGUGAUUGCAAUUUGGAACACCGCCUGUACUGCAACGACUUAUCCAUUAGCAAUGGACUCCGGAAUGGACUUCGUAUUGAACUAUUCCAAGAAGUUACACGAUGUGUUUCGUUUUGGAUGAAACAGAAUACUAUUGUUAAAGUCCACAAUACAAUCGCCUCGUUGCCAUCUUAGAACGUCAAAUGAAAGAACCCUUCUCUCACUUUGAAACUGUAUACUUUCGUAUACCCAACGGAUUCCCAAAACACAAAUAUCUAAAUAAUUCUAUAAACUGUUGCCGAGAUCAAAUUGAAAAUGGCGAAUGAAUCGUCGAUACACGAUGUUGGGUACUCGGAGUAUGUCGAUACGAACUGGACAUCGAGCGACAACUCAUCGACGGGAUCGGGGAGUUGUUCGGUUGAGGUCAGCUCAGCGAGGGAAGAAAUGGAAGUUCUACGAUCUGUUAGAUGGGGUAUCGCCGUACUUGUAACCCUCACUGUACUCUGUAGUGCUACUAUCGGCAUGUUUCUACACUCCUGGAUGAAGAUCAGAAGACAUGUGCCUUACGGAAAUAGAAGAAUAUUUCUCGUUCGUCUCUUUGGGCUUUUCCCGGUCUUUUCAGGAACAUCUUUAGCUGGAUUUUAUGUCCCCAAGGCAUCGCUUAUUGCAAACUGGGGAGCAAGUUUAUAUCUUUCGACGACGCUUUAUACGUUCGUUCUCCUGAUCGUUGACUACUACGGUGGUGUUGAGCCAAUGGAGCAUCACAUUGAAGGUGUCAAAGUAUCCCUCUCAGCCCCACCCCUCACAUGCUGCUGUCCAUGCUUGCCAAAGAUUAAUUUCACCAUGACGAACUUUCAUCGAUUAAGACGACUAGUCUUACAGACCGCUUACAUCAGACCUCUUUGUGUAUUCAUCGGUGCUGUGCUGUGGGCAGACGGUAUCUAUAAACCAUCCAUAAUCGAGGCCGACUCGGCCUUCGUCUACCUCAGCAGUAUCAGUCUCGUAUCGUCCCUGGUCGCUGUCUACGGCCUCUCCGUCAUCUACAACGCCACUCACACCACACUCCAGCACUUCAUGAUCUCCAUCAAGUUUACAACCAUCAAGAGCGUGCUCAUCAUUACCAACGGUCAGAACCUCCUCAUCGCCAUCCUCAUCGCUACUGAUGUCAUCCCGUGCGUGGGACCCCUCGACUCGGCCGUCAGGGGAGAACUUCUCUACAACAUGCUCGUGGUGUUCGAGAUGUUCCUCUUGACAUUCAGCUUUAAACUCUACUACUGGCGAUGGAUGGUCAAACACGAGUACGGUCACCGGUUCGCAUCGGCAUCGGUCGGCGACUUCGCUGACCUCGGUGAAAACGCUCCCAUGAACAUCACCCAUGACCGCAUAAACGACCUCCAGGAAAAAUCGAGCGCCAACGGGUCCCUGUCAAAUAUCUCGAAGACGGGUUCGUUUAAGAGCGAGACCGUAGUUUGAUCGAGUGGAGUCUAUUGGACACGAUCGGAUUUGCCUGCGAUUGGUUUGCGACUGAUAUACGAUUGAGUGACGAUUGAAUCAAACGACGGUAACGAGUCUCGUUCAUGACCUCGCGAUAUAACAAAAAUUUGACAUGCGAGGUGUUAACAUCAUGCCAAUACUAUUGUCUGAUUGGCUGGAAGUUGGAUUGAGCCUACGACCCAAGGGAUCAUGGCAAUCCUUUAAUUGACAUAUUUGGCAUGAACUGAUGAAGAUGCUUUCAAUUGCCCUCUCAAGUCACGUCUUACAACUGGUCUAAAACAAUUUUAUAUAAACCUUAUUUCUUAUUUUUAUCGUAUCGUAAACAGGUAGGUUACAUUUUUUGCAGGUUUUUACCUUAUAAACCUGUCCCAUCCGUACACAUUCGUAAU